AUGGAACCAAUCAAGCUUACUUUCGAACUCAACCUGUACUUUAGUAACAUUAAGCUCUCCUGUGAGUUUCAUGCUAUUGAGGAGGGAACACUGGAUGAAUUGGAGGAACGCAACAAACGGACAUCGGGCAAGGGAAAAGGUCGGAAACGCAAGUUUGUAGAUGAUGAGCCCAGUAGCAGUUCCAAGAAAGAGAAGAAAAGACGUGGGAGGCCCCCUGCAGAGAAACUGGCUCCCAAUCCUCCCAAACUGACCAAGAUGAUGAAGAAAUUACUGGAAGUGGUCAUCUAUUACAGAGAUGCUGACAAACGAGUCCUCAGUGAGCCAUUCAUGACACUGCCAUCGAAGAAGGAGCUGCCUGAUUAUUAUGAAGUAAUAAGGAAACCAGUAGAUUUUAAGAAAAUUAAGCAAAGAAUCAAGGACCACAAAUAUCGUAGCUUGGACGACUUGGAGAAGGAUGUGAUGCUGUUGUGUCAGAAUGCACAAGAGUAUAAUAUGGAGGGAUCACUGGUAAGACCCCCUCGCAAACCUCACAAGCUUCUCAAACUCAAAGACUUUAUUUACGAGGACUCCAUAGUGCUGCAGUCUGUGUUUGUCAACGCCAGGGAAAGGUUGGAGAAAGAGGGUGUCCUCCCAUCCCCUGCUGCCAGUGAGAGUGAAGGGGAACAAGAGGCAGAGGGAGGAGAACAGGAAGGGGAAGAGGAUGAAGAGGAAGAUGGCCAGUAUCCUAAAGUGAAAAUUAAGCUGGGCAAAGAAGGCAGUGCCAAGAAGGAUAGAGGAAAAAGCAAGAAGAAGGGAAGACCUGCUAAAACUAAACCAGUUAUAAGUGAUGAUGAGGAAUCAGAAGGAGAAGGAGAACCAGAAGAGGAGCAUUCCGAGAUCAGUGAGGAUGCUGGGACCAGUUCUCACACCUCUUCCAGGGUGUCUUCGCCAGCCCCUGGGGGGCAGCACAGGAAGAAGACUGCCUAGACAGUAUAUUGCUGUCUUUUGCCAUUUCAAAAACUAGUAACUGUUUUUGUAUGGAAAUGACUUGUAGAUGCCUUUUAGCAACCCCAUGGCAGUAGAGGGGGAGAACAAACUAAAAUUUCAUGUAAAUUGUGAAUGCAUAAAUUAAGUUCAAUUAGUUACUGAAUGCAUAGAUAUGUUAUUGUUACACUUCAACACUGUAUGUCAUCAAGAGCUACAGGUUAAGGGAAUACAAAUAUGUGAAGUUUGUAAAAAAAAAAUCAAAUUGCAUGUCGCUACUGCCUACCAUUAACAUUGUAGUUUUUUUUUUUAUUAAAUGUAUUAUAAAUAUUGUAACAAACAUUAAUUGGAUGUUUGUAUCACUAGAAAAUGGGAUAAAAUGCUGUUUACAGGGUGUUAUUGUGUACUCCAUUUCAUCUAACUUUCAUAUACUAUCCUCAAUUUGUGUUACAAAGUGGAUAUCUUGUUAGCCUCAUAGAAGUACUUUAGUGCAUAUAUGCUUAUUUCUUUGCACAUCAUGUAAAUGUACCAACAAGUAGCUGUGUCUAGUAUAAUGAAAAAUAAAAAUUCCUGAUGAGAUUGUUAGCAGGAUAAGGUGAAAGUUUUCCUUUUUCUGGUCAAAUUUGGUCUGAAGUUACAGCAUGUAUAACCAACUAAGAUCACCUCUGCUCUUUGUGCAUGGCAAGUUACUUUGUAGAGUGACCAUGUAAGAAUAAGAAAAUUGAAUUCAGAGAAAAUUGCACUUUUUACUCAAAAUUCCAUGGAUUAUAAUUCAGUUGAUAUUGUAUUAAUGUACAAUUUCUGUUCAAUUGGUUGAGUACAGGACUGGAGAGAGUAAAAAUUUUGCAUCUGAAAAACUUAGAUUCCAAUAUAGAUAAGAGAAUUUUUCAGUGGAACAUGCAAUAAAAUGUAGAAGCUGUAAAGAAUUGUUUCUUUUACAAAUAAUGUAUAAUUUCAUGGAUGAUAUGCAGGCUGAAGGUUUAAU